GGAGUAAAUUUCUAUAACUUAGUGAAAUUGGAUGAAGUUGUUCUCUCCAGGACCCUCCAUCUGAACUGUGUCCACCGACUGGAGACGUGGCAACACAGCCUCUGGUCAUAUGAUUUUACUUCAUACACGAACCCCACCCCGCUGCUGUUUUUUCCAAAUAUAUUUCUUUCGAAGUCACACUCCCGUUAUUUCAGCCGCAUGUUUCAAUUUAACCAUCUGGCACGCAGAUAAAUGCACUGCAAAAUGUCUCCUGGCCACCUCAGCACAAAUACUGGUGCCGAGUUUUGCAGCGGUGACCACCCAAAAGAGUGCCAUAUUUAGACGUCCACUGCUGACGUUUACACAAGCUCCAAAUAGCUUCCGUUUUACACUUGUAGUGAUUGGACUGUUCCCUGCUUACCCACUGAGCUAAUAGAGUGGCCGUGCAAGUCCGACAUUCUACAGUUCAAUGGAGGAAAAGCCCAAAGACCGGGCACAGGAAAAGGAAUACCACUACCACGCAGAGGACAGAAGCUCAAUACAACACGCCACUUGUGUGAAAAAUGAUCAGAGCAACUUCCAGCGGCAGCAUCAGGAAACGCAGACGAAGAAAACAGGCUUCAAAAAAGUAAACAGGGCCGACAAGGAGGCAGAGAAGAAUUACCAUCUGUCUGAAUCUUUUGGUAUGUCGCAUCCCACCAACAACAAUGGUACCGGACACGUCACUAGUAUCAUUGUGAGGCACAAGUCAACGCAGAAGCUGGCCGCAACUGUUUCAAGAGGGAGCAGCAAAGGUUUGGACCAUAAGAAAAAUAUGGACCUAAAAAACGACAAAGAAAAGACCUUAAACUUGAAUCAUCACGAGAGCCAGACUUUGGAUAAAAAAAACUCUAUGGUGAUACAAAAUGGUGUUGCAAGCUGUGUUUUAAUUACAAACGGCUAUUCUAACAAGGACAACGAUGGAAGUAGUUCUGAAGGUGGAUAUACUACUCCAAAGAAGCGCAAGGCCAGAUGUAACAAUUCUAAAAACACUGAUAAUGGGAUGAAAGACAAGGAGAAAGACAUGCAUCUGGGCAACACUGCACAAGACUCUGGAACUUUUAAUGUUGAUGCAACUGAGAAGGGAGGGACUUCUAGACAUGAUUGCUUUAAAUCUGCCCAUAAAGCAGAAGCUCAGUCAGCAGCUCGACGGAUUGCUGUGUCAGAUGCUUCUGUAGGUGAACCUCAGAGGAAAGGCUCUGAUGGAAAAACAGUUGGCAACUUUGGAAAAAAGAAUGAGGAACGACAAAGAGCCAAACUUUCAUCGCCCUCAAAAGAGGACUCUUGGACUUUAUUUAAGCCCCCUCCAGUAUUCCCUGUGGACAAUAGUAGUGCUAAAAUUGUUCCCAAGAUUAGUUAUGCAAGUAAGGUAAAAGAAAACCUCAACAAAGUAGCUCAAGGAGGAGGAGAGGCACUGCCUCCUCCUGUUCGACUCUCACAGGUUCCUAUGUCUGCUAUGAAAACUAUAACCUCAUCUAGCUUUACUAAUGGUCCUGUUUCUGGAAACGGAAACAGCUGCCUAUCGAUGGGUACCUUCUUUACUCCUGCUGCUAGUAGUAUUCCGCCAGAACCAAUGAUCCCGACUAAUGACAAUGUAGCAUCUUCUUUGGAGAGUAACUGUAGCUCAACAACCAGUCCUGUAGAUGGGGAAGUAUAUGAGCCUAGAAAGUGUACCCGCUUAAUUUACCCUAUAAAUAUGCAACCUGUGCUCCCUAGUGCCCGUCACCUUGACCCUCCACCUGCUCAGACGAAUCAGAAAGCCCUGGGAGACAUCUUCCAGAAUCAGUGGGGUCUUUCCUUCAUCAAUGAGCCCAACUUGGUACUUGAUGGAGGAGAUGGAAAUGUAUCCACAGAGUUUGAGACUACUGUGGCUGCACCUCAAACUGAGUGUCUGGCAGUUGCAGCCACUACUGCCCAGCCCUGCUUCAAUGUUAACCCGUCGUUCUUAGAGUCUGGCACAUUUGUUCAAGACAAGGAGAAAAGAACUUGUGCCUCCUGUAAUGUGUCUAAAACUUGUUUUCCUACCUUUGUGAUGAGUGAGGAGGAGAACCUGCUUCAGCUAUGUGGCAAGAAAAAGACAGAAGUUGAGGCCGAGGGUGCAGGUUCAGCUGUCCAGGCCUCCAGCAAAGAUGGUGGUGCUAAACUGGUGCCAAGCACACUGCUGCUUGGCACCUCAAAAGAGCCUACUCACUCUAAAGACAUUGUCAGAAGGUCUAGCUGGGGUUCCUUCGAUGUUAAAGCUGCUGUCACUUAUCACACUAUAGAAAUUGAAUCAAUUUUCAACCUUCAGAAACAAGAUCCUUUAAGAGUUGUGAUUUAUGAUGGAACCAAGGAUGGGCCCGAUCAGUGAGGUAGAUGAUUUACAUUAUGUACCUUCUCCUCUAUUUGCUGCAGUUCUCUACCCUGGCAGUCACAAAUCCGUUUUAAAAGAUAAAGUGACAGCUGUGAAAAUAGUUUGAAGAGAUAGAUUUUUGUCAAAAUCUCGGGUGGAAUAAUUCACUACAAGGGCACCACUUAUGAACAGACACACACACACAGUGGAGGAACGUUAAAGGAGCUGAUUGGUGCCUCUCCAACAUGACAAAUGGACCCCUGCACCUCAAAGCUGAUUGUCUCAAUGCUCUUCAAGGACACUGUUCAGGAAUUGAAACAAGGAUGCGCCUCCCUAUGCCUUUAUCCUGUUGCAGUUGCCGACUGUGGCACGCCUCGGUCACUUUUGUUUCUUCACACGUUCAUUUAAGUUUCAUUGUAGAUAGGUUUUACAUUAUGCAUACAAAUGCGUGUGCGAGCUUGAAUUUUAUUGUGAACAAAACGGGAAGAAUCUUUGCAGAGUAUGCCUUUUGUGGAAUACAGUAUGUUUGCUGUCCAGCUAGGUGGAGGCCCUAUUAUAAAAAGGGAACCUUGUCUUUAGUAAGAACCCAGGAAUGAGAUGUUUGCUUGUUCCUCUAAUAAAAUUGGGUGUUAAUGUAACAGAUGUUUAUCCACACUGCAGCGGAAUGAAGAGGCAAGACUUCUACAUCUUACCUCUUUAUUUCAUUGUUUGUUGCAAAUAAUUGCAAAAAAAAAAAAAAGUCUCCUUGAAAAGUAAACUUUAAUCACUUUUAGCAGAAGCUCUGUUGAUAGAAGCCGGAGAAUGCAGUCAUUAUGAACAAGUGAGUAUGAUCCAAAAUUAAAAUUUGUCAUGCAAUUUGUGGACACAAUCCAGCAGUUGUAAAGGAAACCUGGUGAUUGCCUGGUGUCUGUGCUUUUGUUUCUUUUAACUGCAGUACUAUUUUUCCUCCUAUUACUACAACCUUUACUUUUUGGAUCCAACAUGUAACAAGUGACAACAGAACUUAAUGUUAAAAUGACCAAAGUUUAAUUUAAAAAAAAAAAAUCAAUUUAAAUUUUUCUUUUAAGUUUUCCUCAUAUUUCUUUUUUUUGGGGGGCGGCUGGGGGAUUGUUAUCAGUUCAGUGCCGACUGUUUUUAAAUUUAGAUCCAUAUAUCCCUGCUAAUAUAAUUUCUGAGUAUAACAUUAACAUACAAACUAGGGCAAGAGACAUUUCUUUUAAUCUGGUUUCCUGUGUUUUGUGGUAUUCAUUCAGCUACAAGACCCAGGAGGUCAGUGCUGUUGCUUUUGCUUACAUUGCUGUUGAAUUUUUAUGACUGACUGACUGAUUUUUUUUUUUUUUCCCAGACUCGGCCUUUGGUCUUUACUUUUUAGUCUUACAGCAUUAUGUGUUUUCUCAUGUUUACUGGCAAAAAUGAAUCAGAGGUCAGUGCUCAUGGCUGAAACAAGGGAAAGGGUGAUGACAAUUGCAAUACUAUUCAAGGUUUCCCCAACUAGCCACUUUGUCAGACAGUAUUGAAAUGUGAAAAUGAGUUGUACUUAACGUUUUACUGUAGAUAACCUUUGCAAACCAGUGUGCAAUAACCCUAUGUGAUCCAUUUAAUGCAUGCAGUGGGUUACAUGGAGCUAUAAAAUUACCACCUUAAGAGUCUGCUGUAACUGCAGAAUGUUUGUUCAAAAUGUUUAGGAAUAUUUUCAAGUUAUUUUUGUUUUCUGCAAAAUGGUUCCUAUUUUGCUAUCUCUCUUUCCAAAUUUGAAAACUGCUUACCUGCCAGCUCAGCUGUGACAUGACUAGACAUCAACAUCUCCCUGUUCAUUUGCUCUAUAAAAUCUAUAUAUUUUUAAAGCUGCAGUAGGCUGGAAAACGGAGGAAGGAGAAAGUUAAUUUUACUGCAGGAUGUUUAAAAUCUUUGCUUUCCAACUAUUGACAACUCUACAUCUAUACUUCUGUUGUGUUUGCUGGACUCAUUUUUUAGUUGUCUUUUCAAUGUCGCAAUCAUUUACUAUUGCUUUUAUACAGGGACUUGACCACAGAGUAGGUGUUAUGAAACAGCCAGUAGUAGUGUUAACAGAUGCCUCACACAUUUGUUGUCAGUCAUAGUGGACAAUAUAGUUUUCUCUGAAUGAAGGCAUUUUUGAUAAUGUGGUUCGUGUGGGACGUGUGAUACUGUUAACCCCCUCACCCCCAUUAUGAAAGCCCUCCUGUAUGGGGACUGAGCCUCAGUUGUAAAUCUGUAAAGGACAAACUGAAGCAUUAUGUUGACACCUUUAUGUGUGAUUAUUGAAAAAAAUGACGCCAAAUCCAGCCCGGCCUACUGUAGCUUUAAUUUAUGUAUUAAAAGCACUUUAUGUAAACGGAAUGCUUUCAUCUUUAAUCACUAGAAAGAUCUGUGUACUGACAAGAAAUACUCCUUUUAAAGAAUGGCUCUGUGCUGUUACUUUUCAGGAAAAGUUGAUAAAAUACAGAAUAUUCAAUGUAACUCAGGUAGUGUUGAUAAAGCCAUGACUAUGUUAAAUAUUAUUUUUUUGCCACGUGGCCCCUGUCACAUCGACGUUCUCAUAAUUGAAAAUGUUGAAUCGGUGCCCUGCUAUUCAGAGUCUUUCAUUUGACGUUAAAAAUAGAAAGCUCUUGUGGCAAGCAAGGUGCUGUCAUUGAUCAUACUGUGCCCUGAAAGUGUUCAGUGCCCCUUUAAGACGCACAUCGCUCCAUGCACUGUUUUUGAGACUGUAACCUUGCGAUCAUUGAUGGUUGUUUUCCUCCUGUGUGUGUCAUUGCUGUGCAUCCAUGAGCAGUGUUUAGGGGUAUCACCACAACCAGGGGAUGGGCUGCCGUAUCACAGCUUAUUGUUGCAUGUGCUGAAAGUCAGAACUGCUGCCACUGUUUUUCAUUUAAGAAGACUUUUGACUUUUUUUUGUCUGAUUGCAGUUGAACCUGUCGUGUUUUUAAAUGCUUGUGUUUAGGCUUCCACUGUGUAAUGUGUGUUGGGCAAAGUGUUGGAUCAGAUUGUGACCUUUAUGUAAGAUCGGGUUAACAAAGAGAUGGGAAGGAUCUGUGGUGGCGUUGCUUAUUAGCAGUUUGCUGGGUUUUCGUCUGCUUGCUGAAUUUGAAAUUUAAUCUGGCAUUAGGUUACCACUAUUAGGCCUGUGACAAUAACGCAUUUUGCUGACUCAUACAUUGUCCCACAAUUUAUUGCCGAUAAACAAUUUUAUUGUCAACAUUAUUUUAAGACCAAAUUAACACUGAUGUAAUGAUAAAAUAUAAUAACGUAAUAGUACACCCUUUCAAAUUCAAAUCCUUUAACCGAUGGUACCUGAAUGCCCCUUUUUAUUUCCUAUGGUAACUGAACACCCCUUAUUACGGAAAUGUCAUUGAGUGGGCCCCUAAAAUAAAAAAACUUUUGCGAUGUAGCAAACUACACUUUCUGAGAAUGCACACUAUUUUGCCCUGUCCUGUUUGUAUUUACGUUGUUGACCUGAUCCCUCAGUGAAUGUUGUCGAUGGCUCUGCAUCGCGGUGGUGCAGUAUUUUUUUUCUGCUGGGAAAAUCAUGCAAUCAAUGGAUUUAUUGAUCAUCGUCCCAGGCCUAACCAGUAUUUCCUUUCUUCUAUUUGACCAUAGACAUACUGAAGCUGUGUUUCACUGCAUUAUAAUGAACAUAUAUAAUAAGAAGGAAUUACUUGCAAAGACGAAAAUGUUUCUUGCUUACUGCAGGUGCCUGAGUUUCCGCUGUUGUAAAAGUACUGUGAAAUUAUGCAAAUUAGAUAUGGUGUGUCAAAAGAAAUAUUACUGUUAGAGCAUCGCCAAGUUCGCAGUGUUUUGAUGUUUUCAGGUCUUGUUGGAUGUCCUUCUCCCAAAAAACCCUGGGCCUGUUGUGUCCAUCAGUCAAUGUAGUUCUGUGAGCUGAGUCUUUGUCCCCGGGCAAAGGUUGUACAGAAGUUUUAUGGACUAACUCUAUCAGUUUUGUAAAAUUAACAAUGGUAAUAAAAAAUAGUGGAUAUUUUGGAACAGUCAGGAUAUUGGGUGGUGCAAACCUCCCUCCAAUAAUUCUUGUACCGUCUGUCCUACUCAGAGAGCAGGGACUACGACAAGGCUCAAUCAGUGGAAACAUUUUCAUGUUCUUGGUCUCUGCAGUAGAAUUAAAAAAAAAUGUUUGUGCGACUAGCUCUUUAUUUUCCAUUAGAAACCCUUCUGAAGUUACACCAUCAUAGGUUGUCACUAGAAUGGUCAGGAUGAGCGCAGUGGUCACUUAAGAGUGAGGCAUUUUCAGUGUAAAAGAGGUUGAUCGAUGACUGGUUAGUAGAACAUGAUGUUACUGUAGUCUUACAAUCCAUUUUUAUUUUAUUCUUUAAGAUUAUUUAGACGGUAGACAGUUUUUCUUACAGAAAAAAAAUCAGAAUCCCUUCCACCUGAGGCGUCGCUGUUUCAUAGCACUUAAUUAAUGUGGUGAUUUUACAUUUAUAUAAAGAUAGAUUAGCAACGUAGCUUUCAAGACCAAAAAGGAGUUCUGGAAGCAGAGUUGAUGUUUCAUUGAGUGGAUAGAAUGAAGUGGGAUAUAAAUAGAUGGAAGGCUGUACGACUGUGUAGGACCACAUGAUCCCAUUGGCGGAUACGAGUGAUUGGCUGAUGCUGUCACCGACCCCGCACUGACUUCCCCUCAUAAGGUGCAAUCGCCUCCAAAGACACUGAGGCAGGUCUACUAGCUUUGAGUGGCCAGUUUGGCCUCACUGGUGAUUUUGUCAUUUGUGAGACUUUCUGCUAAAAGUGUCCCAUAUGAAAUAGUCAAAACCUGGUGAUUGAAAAGUAACCCCCUAGUGGUUGGAUGAAAAUAACAGUAAACCACAACAGUGUGACCUAAAUGGUUUUGAAAAGAAGUGCCAAUAAAUUUACGUAUAUAAAUGUGUAUCAACUGCAUCAUACCAAAAUCAUCAGUUUUGUGAACCACCUCCAGUUCUCGCUAUAUCCCAACCUAAAGUUGCCUCGUCAUCGCUGUAUGUCCAUUAGUCAGUUUGUUUUGGAGAGUUGUCCUCAGCUUAAGAUUCCCUUUAUUUUUAAUACAGGUGAAGAAGUUAAUGGGGUUUUUCUUUUAAUAUAAGACAUUAUUUAUUUUCUCCUUUAAAAGUGCAGAGGCUUGUUGAAUCUGUCACUGUAUGUUUUCCUCUCAGAAUUGAUCAUACUGGAGUGUGGUUGUAAUCCUCAAAGGUAAACUUUAACUUUUAGGUUGAAGUGGAUAUAUUGGACAUGGGGUUUAACUGAAUGGAAACUAGUUUAUCUUAAUAACCUAUAGAGAUUAAAAAAGCUGAUUGAGGAAACUGUUAGUUGACACUGUCUGACUUAUCAACGGUUGCAUUUAAUUACAUUGGUAAAUAAACAGUCUUUAAACCUGGAGUUUGCUCUACAGCUAGUCUUGUAUGUGUGUGUGUGAAGCAAGAUCUUUCUAAUAUAUGCAAUUGUUGUUCCAUUUGACCUUGAAUCUGUGUGAAUGUGUGUGUGUGUGGAAUAAUGUACAUUAUUACAGCAACUGGGUUAUAUUAAAAACUGCUUCCAGCUCAUACCUUUUUGCUAAAAUGUUGUUCAUGUUUUCUCAUGGCAAAUUUCAGAGGCAGCUGAAAGCAGUAAGCAGACUGUGUGUUUGUAGUAAAACUAUUGAGUCUAUUAGCUGACAUUGAUUUAAACUGUAGAGGUAGAGGCUGCUUACAGGUUAGCAUGUUGGACGGUGUGCAUCAAUAGUUCAAAUCCAUUCAAAAACUAAAUAUUCUAACUUGUUUUACUGGAUUAUAAUCCCAUUCAUGUACUGAUGGACAACUAGGGUAAUACAAAAAGUAUAUUUUGAUUUAUCAUUUUGAUAAUUUGGUCUUUAAUAUUUAUAAAUAAUGUUAAAUUGUUUCUACCCCACUCAGAUAAAAUAUUUAAUUUCUCUCUGCCCCAACAGUAGCUUGGAUCAGUUUAUGAAAAGAUACAAACUGACACUGGAAUCCCCUCUUAUGAUCCUUUGUCAUGUUGACAUGUUGUGAGGAUACUGUGUGAGCAUCCAACUCAACAGCUCAGUCUGUUUCCACCAAAGGUACACUAACACUGUGGUCCAGCCGUCAGUGGCAAACACAGAGAAAGGGCUGUAGGAGGGCGUGAGUGUCUCAUUGAUGUCACAACCACUUCCCUGAAACUCUUUCUGGUUAAUGUCAAAAAGUCAGUGCCGUGUCAGAGCUGACUGACUCUUUCAAAAUGUGAUAGUCAAAGAAAAAACAUGAUUAGUUAGGAGAUCUCUUAGGAAAAGCCUAAACAAAUACCGAAAAGUGCUGCUUCUUCAUUAAGUAUUCAGUCGUCUGUCAUGGGAAAUGCUGGAUGUGAUGUUUUUUUUUCUCCACUAAUGAACUGUUUCCUUGCUGUUAAAAUUUAAAAAAAGGAAAGCGAUGCAAAUAAAGAAAAAAGACUCAAAAGUUCAAGGCGGUCAACAUUUUAGUCUUGAGCCAAAAAUGUGAUUUGGGUUUUUUUUCUGAUGUAUUUUGUUUACAUCUUGGAGAGGGCAUAUUUUCAAUAUUUUAAAGCAGGGGUUCCCAAACUUUUGCUACUCACCCAUUCUAUAUCACAACCAGGUUAACCCGCCACCAAUUCCCCACAUCUUUGUAAAAAAAAAAAAAAUGCAACAAGCGUUUUAUGAAGUCAGUAUGUUUACUCAUGCUCAAAUGACCAAAACACAAAAAACACUCCAAACUGCCAUCACUUUUUUUUUAAUCUUAGAUACCCUCUAGUGGUAGCUCCACACUUUGGGAACCCCUGGUUUAAAGCAAUGACAAAAUAUCUUGAUGUCUCCUGCAACAUAACUAGAGUUUUUAAACAAAAAUGAUGGUUUAAAUGGAGAACUUCAUUAUCUUCAGCUGUAACUUAACAACUGAUAUUUGGAGUUUUUUUUUCCCCUCACUGAUUUUGUUUUUCUCAGAGCCACUUCUUCUUUCAGCUGUUCUCUUCAGGAGUCACCACUGGGAUCAUCUGCCUCCGUCUCACCCUCUCCCCUCCCUCUCUCCUCUGCUUUUACUCCCAACUAGCUCCAUGUCCUCUUUCACGACUUCCACAUAUCUCCUCUGAGGUCUUCCUCUUUCUUGGCAACUUAAUCUCUGACGUCCAUUGUCCCAUAUAUUCACUAACCUGUGCCAGUAAAUGUGUCAAUACAUGAAUGAAGCCAAAUUACUUUGUGGGUUUCAUGUGUCAAACUCCAGUGUCAUUCCAUCUCACUUUGGUUUUAACCAGUUCAUUUUCAAGCGAGUCUUCACAGGUGAUCACUGCACUGUGGUGGACUAUUGUGUCUCUUAUAUUCUGGUCACAGUGUCAAAGAUUUCUCAUGUCUCUGUUUUCAAUCACCGUUAAAUUAUUCAUGAAGUGAUGAUAAGGCGUUUGGACUGAAUCUUAUUUUACAUUAUUCUUGUUAUGAUAGCAGACAUGAAGCAGUCCAACAGAUGAUUCUCUCUCAGCUCGUCUUUAAUUGCAGCCUCCUGGGGUUUUAUUUAAUAGGAUUUAAAAUAUGUUUGCUUUUAUUCAAUGACAUUUCAGCCAUAUUUCUGGUUCCAGAUUCCUCUUUUUUUGUUUAACAAUCUCUCUGUCACAUUUGAUUUUAAAUUGGCUCAUAUUGUUCACUUUUAAAACCCCUUUAAACAAGGAGGCAAUUCAAUUUGAUUUUAAGAUUGACAUUUGAAGCAAGCGGUGUGACUUUCUUUUUGUUGUCAAAUUACACUGUUUUGUAAGCAUGAUAACAGCAACCCUAAAAAUCCAAAUAAUAUAAAGAGUCAAUCAAAAAUGAAACUCCAGUGUUCACAGUUUUAGUUUUCCAUUAAAUGUCAAAUUUUCACAAGAA